CCGCGGCUGCGGGCGGCUCGGGCCCGCGCGGCCCCUCCGCCUCAAGUCUGGGGGCGCCCGGAGCCAGGCUGCCGCUGCCCAUGGGGAUCCGAGAGUUUCCCGGCGGCGCGCCCAGGGGCAAAAGCAUCGCCGCUGGCAUGAGGAGGUCACCGGACGUCAGCCCCCGGAGACUGUCGGACAUCAGCCCCCAGCUCCGGCAGCUCAAGUACCUGGUGGUGGACGAGGCCAUCAAGGAGGAUCUGAAAUGGUCGCGCUCCGUGGAGGACCUCAGCAGCGGGCCGCUGGGGCUCACGUCCAUCGAGGAGCGGAUCCUGCGCAUCACCGGCUACUACGGCUACCAGCCCUGGGCAGCGAGCUACAAAAGGGAGGAGCGCCCCCGGGACUCCCCGGGCCCGGCGGAGGCCCAGGCGCCGGCUGGGGCAGAGGCCGGCGGGAGGACGAGCCACCCCUGCUGGAGAUGCUCCCGGGCGCAGCUCAAGAAGAUGUUCUGGGGUGUGGUGGUGGUGCUGUGCGUGUGCUCCUCCUGGGCAGGCUCCACGCAGCUCGCCAAGCUGACCUUCAGGAAGUUCGAUGCUCCCUUCACCCUGACAUGGUUUGCCACCAACUGGAAUGUUUUAUUCUUCCCGUUGUACUACGUGGGGCACAUCUGCAAGUCCACAGAGAAGCAGUCUGUGAAGCAGAGAUACAGAUAAGCCAUGUAGCUGGUGUGGAACCCACAGCAGAGAGACCAGUAUCAUACCCUGUCAUUAUUUUGGGCUGUCAGGAUGGAGGCAUUUCUUGGCAGAGGGAAUGCUGUCGAUUUUUUGGAGACAAUGGCUUGACUUUGAAGGUGUUUUUUACCAAGGCAGCACCCUUUGGUGUUCUUUGGACACUCACAAACUACCUGUACUUACAUGCAAUAAAGAAAGUGAACACUACGGAUGUCUCCGUGUUGUUCUGCUGCAACAAAGCUUUUGUGUUCUUGCUCUCAUGGAUCGUUCUCAGGGACAGGUUCAUGGGAGUGAGGAUUGUGGCUGCCAUCCUCGCCAUUGCUGGGAUCGUGAUGAUGACCUAUGCAGAUGGCUUCCACAGCCACUCUGUCAUUGGCAUAGCACUGGUGGUGGGCUCUGCAUCCAUGUCUGCCCUCUACAAGGUUCUGUUCAAGCUCCUCCUAGGCAGUGCUAAGUUCGGAGAAGCCGCCUUAUUCUUGUCCAUUCUGGGUGUGUUUAACAUCCUCUUCAUCACCUGUAUUCCCGUCAUCCUCUACUUUACCAAAGUGGAAUACUGGAGCUCUUUCGAUGACAUUCCAUGGGGAAAUCUUUGUGGGUUUUCAGUCCUCUUAUUGACAUUCAAUAUUGUAUUAAAUUUUGGAAUUGCUGUUACGUAUCCCACUCUGAUGUCUGUUGGAAUUGUUUUCAGUGUCCCUGUGAAUGCAGUGGUGGAUCACUACACCAGUAAGAUCGUCUUCAACGGGGUUCGGGUCAUCGCCAUCAUCAUCAUCGGCCUGGGCUUCCUCCUCCUGCUCUUGCCCGAGGAGUGGGAUGUCUGGUUGAUCAAGCUGCUCACCCGCCUCAAGGUGAGGAAGAAGGAGGAGCCGGCGGAGGGCGGCGCAGACCUGGGCUCGGGGGCUCAGAGCAAAGCCAGGAGAGCGCGCCCCUCCUUUGCCCGCUGACCUCGGCUCCUGCAGAGCCCCGCGGCGCCCGCUCCCGUGUUAGGGACCUGGAGGUCUGGUCCCGACAGGGGACCCUCAGUUUGGAACGGUGUGUACAUACCUGUACAGUUCCGGUAAUCUGCGGUAAGUUAUACGGUAUUUAUUGGCAUGUCCAAUUUGCUUGCACUUUUUCCACAUCAGACCUUUCACCUAAGGGUACCAAUUCAAAAGGAAAGAGGAAAGAGGAGCCUCUGGGCCCUUUUGAAAUGAAUGUAAAGCCGGUUAAAAUUAUCCUUGCGUAGAGUGUUCGGGAUGACAAGAGGCGGGGCAAGUGGUUUGAAACUUAGCAACUGCAAAUUACAUUGCACACUGUGAUUAUUUUUCAGCUAUGGUAGGUCCUAUUUUGUUUUAUACCAGAGCUGUACUCUUAAUUUUAAGGGAUUUCAAAGAACCAAAAGAUAACUGUAAGUUAAUUUGGGUGGAUGGAGGGAUGGAGGGAUGGAGGCAAAGAGGUGAAGUAGAAAAGCAAAGAGGACUUCAGAACCCACCGACCGUGGCUAACCUGGGGUGGCAGGUGGAGAAGGGCAGGCCCGGCCAGGUUACAGAAAGGGAAGGAGGAGUCCGAGCCCCCCGCUGGCCUGCUCUUCCGUGUGUGCAAGAUCGUGCAAGAGAAAUUACAGUGCCUUCUACAGAAUUUUUGUCCUUACCUACGUGAAGCGAGGUGACAUUAUAAGUCACUGGCGCCGUCUUAUCAUUUCGAUGUACAAAUCUUUAGAAACAAAACUAUAUAUGUGUGUGUAUGUGUACAAAAACGACAAGCUGAUGACCAGUGUAACAGAACAUGGUUAGCAGUGUGCAAUGCACAUACAAGGUAGACUACGCAGGACGUGAACUGCUGGUUGCUUUUACUCCAUGACCACGAUCGAAAAAUUAUCUACUGAAUCUGUACACCUUUUUAUGAAACUUUUAAAGCACCAGGCUGUUUACUUAUACAAUUUAGAUCUGCCAGAAAAUUCUAUCUGUGAUAGAUCUGUCAAGAGGGACACAGGGGGUUAGAGUUUACUAUUUUUGAAGUUUACAUUGUUACAUAUGAAAUGGAAACCUUAUUUUGAAAUGUUGUCAUAACCCAAUGGUGCACUCUGUAACCAUGGAGUCUUUCGUUUCGUAGGGGGAAGGGGCAUUCCUGACCUGAACUUUUUAGCAAAUUAUUAUUCUCAGUUUCCAUUACCUGUUUGGCCAAACAGAUUAAUAAACUAUUUAAAAAAGAA